CUUAGUUUCAGAGCUGAGAACAGAGGCGUUCAGUCACAGACUCUACUACCUCCAUGUUUCUGAACCUCUAGCUUCAGCUGGGACAGGUGGAGCAGACUGCAGCCUCUCUGACAGGUGUAGGAGGGUCAGAGCUUCGUCCUCCACACCAUCGGUGUUGAAGUCACGUCUUUGAAGGAUCUUCUCUGUGUAGCUGCUCGCUUCCAUGGCGGUGUUGUCGGCAAUAUGGAUCCCUGUGCUGUCCCUGCUGCAGCUGACUCACUGCGCCGUCACCUCCAGGCUCAGUCCAGGAGAGCCAGUGCUGCUGGACGAGCAGUCGGCCACCUCCUUCCUGUCGCGCUCGCUGCUCUACAACAGCUGGGACUUUGAGCUGCUGGUGUCUGACAGUCUGGAAAGGGAGUGUAUGGAGGAGAUGUGCAGCCGUGAGGAGGCUAGAGAGGUGUUCGAGGACGACGCUCAGACGGAAAAAUUUUGGACCAACUAUGUCAACAGUCAAGAGUACGCUCCCAGAGUGGAUGUGUCAGGACUGGUGGCAGGGAUCCUGGCUGUCCUGGUGUCUGCUGUUAUUGCCACAGUGCUGGGAAUCUACUGCUACAAAGCCAAGCAGAAGGGUGAGCGGAGGUCAACCCAAGCUCCAGUCAGGAUGGCAAUAGAUGGGCGCCCGGCCCCGGAGAUGGUGCCCCUGUCUGGGAUCACUGUUCCUGGUCUACCCAGCUACAAUGAGGCUCUGAACCGCAGUGGACAGCAUGAUGCCCCACCACCACCUUAUUCGGGGGGGGCGCCAUCAGAGCCCGCUGAUCCCGGAGACAACGAGUGAGAUGGGCGGGCAGAGCCUCCUCAUUUGGCUGCUGGGACCUGGAGCUUCAGUCAACUUUUAAAUGUUGCAUUUUUACAUGUGUGUGUAUGUGUGUGCUUGUGUGUAUGUGUGUGUUUGUGUGUGUUUGUGUGUGUGUGUGUGUGUGCUUGUGUUGUGCGCGUAUUUAUGAGUGACGUCAGAACACUGUCCCGCGCACCAGUGACAGUGUGAUGUGCACGUGGGCUGAACACCAGUCUGUCCAGUACAGAUGUGAGGAGGGUGGGGUUCAUUUUUGUAACACCCCCCCCCCACCACCACCACCAGCUGUGUGGAGGUAGAGGUAGUUCGUAGAGAUCAU